AUGUCUCUUUCGAAUUGGCAAGCAAGGAGUGUGGCUGGACCACACAAUGGAGGGCAGCAGUGCAGGUUGUUCUGCGGAGGAAUAAGAUUAUGUAUGGAAUUGUCCCCAGGGCACUACAGUGCGACUGCCAGCUUAUUCAGAAAAGGCGGGCAAUGGCAAAGGGCACUGCCGCUGAUCAGUGAGAUGUUUGAGUCGACGGUCGGGCCUAACGCUACCAUCUACCGCGCUGGAGUCAGCGCGUGCGACAAGGACGGGCAGUGGCAGCGGACUUUAGCACUAUUGGGCGAGAUGUGGGAGGCGAGGCUGGAGCCAGACGUCAUCAUAUACGACGCCGGGAUCCGAGCUUGCGGGACGGGCGAGCAGUGGCAGUUGGCUUUGGUGUUGCUUAGCAAGUUGUGGGAAGCCCGGUUGGAGCCCGACAUCAACAGCUACAACGCUGGGAUCAGCGCGUGCGACACAGGAGAGCAAUGGCAGCUAGCCCUGUCUCUGCUUAGCAAGAUGCUGGAGGCGGACGUGGAAGCGAACGUCAUCAGCUAUAACGCUGGGAUUAGCGCGUGCGACAGAGUAGGGCAGUGGCAACAAGCUCUGUCGCUGCUCAGUGAGAUGCGGGAGACGAAGUUGGAGCCCAGCGUCAUCAGCUACAACGCUGGGGUCAACGCUUGUAAGAGAGGCGGGCAGUGGCAGCGGGCUCUGUUGCUGUUUAGGGAAGUGUGGGAGGUGAAGUUGGAGCUGGACGUCACCAGCUUCCAGGCUGGGAUGAGCACAUGCAAUACAGGCAGGCAGUGGCAGCGGGCCCUGUCACUGUUUAGAAUUAUGCUUGAGGCGAAGCUGGAGCCUGACGCCAAGAGUUACAACAUUGGAAUGACCGCGUACGGGCAAGGCAGGCGGUUGCAGAAUGCCCUGUCACUGUUUAGAGAGAUGCUGGAGACUCAGACGGAGCCCGACACCUUCAGCUACACCGUCGCGAUCGGCAUGUGCAUGAAAGGCGAACAGUGGGAGCAUGCCUUGGCGCUGUUCAGCGAAAUGUGUGAGGCUCAGUUGGAGCCCAAUGCCUUCAGCUACAGCACUGGCAUCAGCGCGUGCGGGAAAGGCGAGCAGUGGCAGCAUGCCUUGGCGUUGCUCAGGGAGAUGCGGGAGGCGAAUGCGCUGUCCGUCAACGCAAUUUGCUACUCCACUGGCAUCAGCGCGUGCGGCAGAGGCGAGCAGUGGCAGCAUGCUCUAGCGCUACUCAGAGAGAUGCGGCAGGCGAAGGAGGUGCUGGUCGAUGCCAUCUGCUACACCACUGGCAUCAGCGCAUGCGGGAAUGCCGAGCAGUGGCAACACGCUCUUGUGCUACUCAGAGAGAUGCGAGGUGUGGAAUUGAAAUCCAACGUGGCCAGCUGCAACGCUGGCAUCAGCGCUUGCGGGAAAGGUAAGCAGUGGCGGCGCGCCUUGGCGCUGCUCAGAGAGAUGCGGGAGGCGAAGUUAAUGCCCACUACCAGGUGCUACGGUGCUGGGAUGAUGGCGUGCGAGAAGAGCGAGCAGUGGCAGCCCGCCUUGGUACUGCUCAGCGAGAUGUGUGAAGCAACUUUGGAACCCGACGUCAUCUGCUACACCACUGGCAUCAGCGCGUGUGGGAAAGGCGGACAUUGGGAGCUGGCUCUGGCGCUGUUCAGUCAGAUACGAAAGGCGACGUUGGAGCCCAACGUCGUCAGCUACAGUGCUAGUAUCAGCGCUUGCGAGAAAGGCGAGCAGUGGCAGCAUGCCCUGGCGCUUCUGAGCGCAAUACCGGAGGCGAACCUGGAGUCCAACGUCAUCACCUGCAACGCCGGGAUCAGCGCGUGCGAGAAGAGCGGGCAGUGGCAGCGGGCUUUGUUGUUGCUCAGCGAUGUGUUAGAGGUGAAGCUGGAGCCCGACGUUUAA